GGCUUCUUCAUCAACAGUGUAAUUCAAUAUGGCGGCUGCUUCGUCUGUUUUCCACAGGGUGAGAGCUGGCUCAAAAAUAGGAGCACAAUAUGACCAAGACGGAAACCUCAUCCAGGUGGAAACCCGUGAGGAUGAGGAGCAGAGCAUCAAGCUGGCUGAGAUCCUGGAGCUCCUGCUGGCUGCUGGAUACUUCAGGGCCCGCAUUAAAGGACUGUCGCCCUUUGAUAAGGUGGUCGGUGGUAUGACCUGGUGCAUCACUACGUGUAACUUUGACAUCGAUGUGGAUCUUCUUUUCCAAGAGAACUCAACCAUUGGUCAAAAAAUAGCUUUGACAGAGAAAAUAGUGUCUGUGUUACCAAAGAUGAAAUGUCCUCAUCGCCUGGAGCCACAUCAGAUCCAAGGGUUAGAUUUCAUCCACAUUUUUCCAGUCAUACAGUGGCUGGUGAAAAGAGCCAUAGAGACUCGGGAGGAGAUGGGCGACUAUGUGAGAACAUACUCUAUCUCUCAGUUCAACAAGACCCACAGCCUUCCAGAGGAUGAAGAGUUUAAUCAGAGGAAAGACAAGGCUAAGAAGGCUGUCCUCGAUGUGUUGGACGUGUACAAACCUCAGAGGAGGUACAGGAGGCAGAGAGACGCAGGAGAGCUGCUGGAUGAGGAGUCCAGAGUUCACUCCACUCUGCUCGAAUAUGGCAGAAUGUCAGAUUUCCUGCUGCGAUAUGGAUUCAGCAAACAGUCCCAACAAGACCAGGUGGAUGACAGGAAGGCUGUGCUGGCCUCUCAGUCGGCCCCUCCAGGGAUGGCCGAGGUGUCAGAGGAAGCCAACUUUCAGGCAGCAGAAGAGAUGAGAAUCAAAACCCUGAUGACGAGCAUGGCUGCCAUGGCAAGUGAAGAGGGGAAGCUGACAGCGAGUGCAGUGGGUCAGAUCGUUGGACUGCAGUCAGAAGAAAUCAAACAGAUCGCCUCAGAGUACGCUGAGAAGCAGUCGGAGCUGUCCUCAGAGGAGCGAUCAGAGCGUUACGGCCCGCUGCAGCAGCACCGCCGAGCCGUGGCCUCACUUAACAAACAGAUCGAGCAGAAGACCAAACAGCUGGAGGAGCUACAAGCCAAGCAUGCAGAGGUGAAAGCUGGCUGUGAUGAGGCAAAGAGGAAACUGGCAGAGGCUACAGAGCAGUCUGAGAAAGUGGAGAAAGAGCUGAAGUCUUUAGAGGAGCUGGAGGAGCAGUCUGACAGCAGUCUCCUGGAGAAGCUGAGAGCUCUGGUGGCAAUGAAUGAAAACCUGAAGCAGCAGGAGCAGGAGUUUCGCACACACUGUAGAGAGGAGAUGACCCGUCUGCAGCAGAACAUCGAGGAGCUGAAGACGGCAUCAGGUCAAGACACAGAGGAGGAGAAGGAGAGGAACCAGCUGAUAGACAAACAGUACAACACAGACAGAGAGAAACUGCAGAAGAUCCGCCUGGUCAUGGCUCGCAGGAACCGUGAGAUCGCCAUCCUGCAGAGAAAGAUCGACGAUGUGCCGAGCCGGGCCGAGCUGACUCAGUACCAGAAGAGAUUUAUUGAACUUUACAGCCAGGUUUCUGCAACGCACAAAGAAACCAAACAGUUCUUCACUCUUUACAACACACUGGAUGACAAGAAGGUUUACCUGGAGAAAGAGGUCAAUCUGUUGAACUCCAUCCAUGACAACUUCCAACAAGCCAUGUCAUCUUCAGCAGCUAAGGAGCAGUUCCUCAGACAGAUGGAGCAGAUAGUGGAGGGAAUCAAACAGAGUCGCAUCAAGAUGGAGAGGAAGAAACAAGAGAACAAAAUGAGGAGAGAUCAGCUGAAUGACGAGUACCUGGAGCUGCUUGACAAACAGAGGCUUUACUUCAAGACGGUCAAAGACUUUAAAGAGGAGUGUCGGAAGAACGAGAUGCUGCUGUCCAAGCUGAGAGCUAAAGGAGCCUCUUAGCCCGUUAGACCCGGUAAACUGUGAAUAAAAUGUGUGAUUAAACGAGCGAACUGAUCAGAGAUGAGCUACAGAUUUAUUUUAACAUUCCAUCAUUUGUUUCAUCAUCAUUAUAAUCAGCUGUCUUUAUAAUCCAGCACUUAUGACACGCACAUUUGCACUGAAUUCUUCAAAGCUGCCAAACUAGGCUGACUGAAAACUGUUUAGAAAGUCAGAAGUGUUUCUUACUUUUCUGUCAGCUCUUUCUCCUUAAUCAUGCUUUAGCAACAUUUCUUCAUCUGUGCCUCUGAUGUUUAAAUCCACCUCAUGUCUUAGUUUCUGUCACCAGUGACCUUGUAUGUCAAGCAGUGUUUAAUAAAAGAGCCUUUGUAUCGACCUUUA